AUGGCCACCCGCACCGUUCUUAUUCUCGGCUCAGGCCCCCGUAUCGGCGAUGCUGUUUCCGAAAAGUUCGCCGCAGAGGGAUACAAAGUCGCCCUUGUAUCGAGGAAAGGGACAAACUCGAUCAAUGAGAAAGGCUAUCUUUCGCUCCAGGCCGAUUUUGCCAAUACCGAUCCCAGCCUCCUAGCCUCCAUCUUCGACAAAGUCAAGAGCGAGUUCAAGGCGGCUCCUAGCGUAGUCAUAUACAAUGCUGGGUCUAUCACUCCUCCGCCUGAUGAAAAUUCGGCUCGUGUCACCAACGACUUGAACGUCAAUGUUGUCAGCCCGUACAUUGCAGCACAAGAGGCUAUCAAACACUGGGAAACUCUGCCCACGGGGGAAAAGAAGUUGUUCAUCUACACAGGCAACAUUACAAAUGUCGCUAUAGUGCCUGUACCCCUUUUGUUGAACGCUGGUAUGGGAAAGGCGGCGUCCGCCUACUGGCUUGGUGUUGCUGACGGGGCAUACGCAGCCAAGGGUUACCGAUUCAUUUACGCCGACCAGCGCCAAGCGGAUGGCAAGCUCGCAGGCCCAACGGUUAACGGGCCUGCGCAUGCAGAUUUCUUUACGCAGUUGGCGGCGAGCGGCGCUGAGAAUAUCCCGUGGCAUGCCACGUUUGUCAAGGACAAAGGCUAUGUCAAAUUCUAG